AUGGGCUAUGAAUGUAUUGGUGAAGAAAUUUUAACACAUAGUUUAUUCGGCGAUAUAGAAAAUACGGAAACACAUAAAAAAUAUUUUAUUCGUCUUAGUGACUUUUCGAAUAAUUAUGGAUGUAAUUUUGAGGUGUUAAAUCAAUUCUCUCCUGACGAGAUUCAUGGACUUGUAGGGGCUGAUGUCGCAGGUACACUGUACACCGUGAACAUAAAACAGUUGGACUCAGGUCUAGUUUUGAUGGAAACGCGGCUUGGAUGCACACCAAUGGGUAAGACUGAUACGAUCGAAACUUCAGAUCGCACGAAUAGCGUUAUGUCAGUACAUGUAAACGAUGCAAAAAUUUCAGACUUAUGGCGACUCGAUACACUUGUAAUUUUGGACCCUGGAGAAAAGGGACGUCGAGAAGUGCUUGAGAUGGCAGCUGAAGAAUAUUUUAAUAGAUGUGUGAAAUUAGAUGCUGAUAGAAGGUACGUUGUAAGUCUGCCGUGGAUACAAGGCCAUCCUCCUUUGCCCACUUGCAAAAAUGUUGCAGAACGAAGGCUAAAGGGCUGCAUUAAUUCACUGAAGAGGAGUGGAAACUUAGAAGCAUACGAAGAAGUAUUUAAAGAAUGGCUUCAAGAAGACGUUAACUCCAGUUACGAAGAAAGGGAACACUAUUUCCCUUACAGGGCUGUAAUGAAGGAAAAUUCCACUACAAGACUGAGACCUGUUUUCGAUGGAUCGGCCAGAGAAAAGAACUCACCUUCUAUCAACGACUGCCUGGAAAAGGGCCCAUAUACCGUCGAACUUAUUCCAACCAUCAUGAAUCGAUUUAAAUUAAAGAAAAUAGGCGUUGUUGCAGACAUUCGUAGAGCCAUCCUACAAAUCGGACUAGCGAGAGUGGUCGGCCAUAUCUAA